CGACCGACUUCACGUCACUGAUGCGCUCGCUGCGGCCUGCGCCCUGCGGAGUGCGGCCUGCGCUAGUGCCGAAACAUGGCUGGUGACUAGCCGGAGGUUUUUCAUUCACUCCUCUCCGGAUUUAUAUACCCUCGAGUAUGGAACUGUCGCGCGUCGUUCUCGGUAACCGGCUGAGGAAGACGCUGCUCGACGUGACGAACAAAAUUUUCAGCGUGCAAGUCGCCAAGUACAUAAGAUUGGCAGAAGUCGGAAAAUUGGAGACUCCGAAACUGCAGGGCAAGUACGAAACUGGACAGCUGAUAUUGCACAGGGUCUUUGGCUACAGGGGAGUCAUUCUUUUUCCAUGGCUGGCUAGAGUUUAUGACAGAGAUUUGCCCAACAGACGCGAAGGCACUGAAGAUGGAAACUUCAAUGGAGUUGGGAAAGAAGUGAAAGGACGAACACACACUUUUUAUCAAGUUUUAAUUGACCAGAGAGAUUGUCCUUACAUUAGGGCACAAACAGAAGCUGUGACCUUUCUUGGAAACCAUGAAAGCAGUAGGAGUCUUUAUGCCAUACCAGGACUAGACUAUGUUGCACAUGAAGAUAUUUUACCAUACACCACCAAUGAAAAACCAGCCUUACAGCAUGAGUUGUUUGAUAAAUUUCUCUCCUACCAUUCGGACAGAGACCCCCCGUUUGCAGCUCAAGAAACACUACGAGCAUGGCAAAAGAAAAAUCAUCCUUGGCUAGAGCUAUCAGAUGUUCACAAAGAAACGACAGAAAACAUAAGAGUCACUGUUAUCCCAUUUUAUAUGGGCUGUAGGGAAAGUCAGACCACAUCAGUAUAUUGGUGGCGCUACUGCAUCAGGCUAGAGAAUCUUGGCGAUUUAAGUGUACAAUUAAGAGAAAGGCAUUGGAGAAUAUUCAGCUUAUCAGGCACAUUAGAAACAGUAAGAGGACGGGGUGUUGUGGGCCAAGAACCAGUGCUCUCAAAGACCUUACCAGCCUUCCAGUACAGCAGUCAUGUUAGUCUACAGGCUCCUAGUGGACACAUGUGGGGAACAUUUAGAAUGGAAAGAGAAGAUGGUUAUGCCUUUGACUGUCGAAUUCCGCCCUUUUCUUUAGAAUCGAAAGCAGACGAACCCACGACUCCUAACGCAAACACGUGAAACAUAAUUUACGACAAGCGAAAACUUAUUUAGGCUAAGAUUUAAAGUAAUAAAUGCUGAAACGUUGACAUUUAUAACUAACUGGAAAAUUACAUCUCUCUCAGUAUAAUAAAUUAAGCGCCAUCAGCACUAUUAAAUUAACUUUGUAUAUAACUUUAUAGAUAUUUAGCAAUGAGAAAGUAUAUCGUAGUGUACAUUGUAAUUCUGUAAACUUUAUAAAUAUAAGUUGUUAGAUUCAAAUAUAAAUAGUGUUCAUUAAAUUUUAUGUAAAACUUAUCGAAUACCAAAGAAGAAAGUAUCAGUGAAGUAAAAUGUAAUGAACACAAUGAUUUAGUGUGCAGUAGUGAUAAAAUUGUAAAUAAAUUGAUUUUUUACAGCCUGAAGAUAUACGAAACAGUAGCUUGAAUCGUCGAUAGCGACGCAACGUCCUUUUAUUUCGAUGAUAAUGCUCUUCUUUUUAAACACUUGAAAUACAAAGAGUAUUUAAUUUCGA